AUGCCAAGAUUCAAGGAAGCCCUAGUUAUCACAUUAUUAUUAUUAUUAUUAUUAUUAUUAUUAUUAUUAUUAUUAUUAUUAUUAUUAUUAUUAUUAUUAUUAUUAUUAUUAUUACUAUUAUUAUUAUUAUUAUUAUUAUUAUUAUUAUUAAAAUCGUCCCUUGUCAUUUAUGCUCAUUCGGCCGUAAUUCGCUUGUGUUUCAUCUGUUUUUGA